GAGAGAGAGAGAGAGAGAGAGAGAGAGAGAGAUAGAGAUGAGGACGAACGCACAUAGAGGGAGUUCAGAGUUGGAAGAUGGCAAUCCAUGGAUAUUGCCAUCACGGGUCUGCUACUGUGGGAAGGUUGCAAAAAUUCAGACUUCGUGGACCUCUUCACAUCCAGGACGAAGAUUUUAUGUUUGUGCGCAGAAACGUUGUCAAAUGUGGGAGUGGGGUGACCCUGUUAUGUGCAAUAGAUCUAAGCAAAUAAUUCCAGGACUGCUGAGGAGAAUUAACAGUUUGGAAGCAGAAAAAAAGAAAGGGAAUUCGAAGCUGAAAAACCCAUGGUUUUGGGUGUCAUUGUGCAUGUUUGGGGUUAUUUUGUGCUUGAUUUUGAAUGAAGAUAAAGGCACAAAUGGGCAGCUGUAGAAAUGGAUGGGUAGUUGGCAUUUUGUAAGGGCUAGAAAGGGAUGAGUGCUUGGCAUUUUGUAAUGGUUAGAAAGAUGGGUAAUUGGCAAUUUGUAAUGGUGAGAAAGAGAUGGGUGAUUGACUUUUUGUAAGGGUAAGAAAGGGUGUGUAAUUGACAAUGUAAGAACUGUUUUGGUGAAUGAAAAUGCAAGCUGUCAUUUUGACCAUUGAAAUAGUAACUAUCACACCAAAUGAACUGCACUUCAAAGGCCAAAAUAUACAACAUUUGAAUUCACAUGUGAUUACAUAAAAGCUUGUCCAAAUUCAGUUUCAAAAAUACAUCUUCAUCCAUUCACUUCAUAUCAAAAUCAGUUCAACAAUAUACUAGCAAACAGAUUGCAAACC